CAUGCGAAAAUCAAACGGAUUUAAUGUUUGCUUUAUUGACGGGCGCCAGCAGUUUAGUUGCUGGUCACAUCUUCUAUUUUAUUGCCCAUCGGAUGUCGGCUGCAGCCGCAUUGGCGGACAUUGCUUACGUGAUUAGGUUGUGUUAACACUGUUUUUGCCGGUACAAUUCUCCGGUGACGUGCAUCGUUCGGUCGUGUAUCAAUUUUAUUCGUGAUGAGCAUGACGCGACCGCGAAAGGGUGGCACUAUCAAACGUAGCCACAGUCGAGUGAUAAGAUACGUCAUCGAAGACCACCCAGUUAUUUGAACUAGUGAUCAGCUUGUCGUGAGGGAACUAUUUCAGCUUGAAACUCUAAUUGCAUGCAAUCAUCUUUUUAUAAGCCGAUCGCGUGCAGGAUAAAGCCCGGCAGUCAGUGCCACGAUGUCGGCACCAGAAGAAGUGUGUGCCGGAAUGUGUGAAUAAAACAAAACAAUAAACCAUUUGUGACGUUCGCAACAACCAAAGGCGCGAAGAUGCUCCAUUAGUCGUGUACACAUAACUUCUGGAAAUGAUGCAAAUUGACUUCAAUUGGUUCGUUAGUUUUUCUCAUGUUCAGUUCCUUAAUAACUCUAUGCAGUACGAACAUCAGUUUAGUUGUACGACUUCGAAUAAAUUAAUCUACAUGUAACGGUUUAAUUGUAACUAAUCACAGUUUAAUGUUAUAAUUAAAUCAUUCUCAUUGGAAUAGUGUCCCAGUUUUACGCAGAAUCGUUUGCUAAUAUAUAGAUAAUCACCAAUAAGCUUGUUUAGAACUGGAAUAGCAAUCACUGAAAUGCUAGCAUUUUCACUUCCAGCAGUGACUAUAAGAAGGGCGACAGGGGAAACACACGCGUGCAUUGUAGAUUAAAUUUAGUGCGAUUAGCGCCAGUAAAUGGUUGCAUUUUCAUACAAAGUCCUCGCUGGAACAACGCAAUGGUAGCAUUCAAUGGGGCGUAUUACCGGUAGAUGAACGUCGAUAAACCAUCAGUCAGUACCAUAGUUCAACUCGGAGCGGUCAGUAAAUAUGAAAAUAUUAUACCGAAAAAAGUGCGGCUUUCUGUUGAUUCUCGUGUUUGGUCUUCUCUUCAUUGGCUGGAACAAUCUGUAUUUGUUCCACGCGCCGCGCCUAAAGCGAAAGGUGCUCGACCUGAAUCAGACGGCCAGUUUGGCACUGCUAGCCGGCCACUGGCAACAACUGAUUGCCGAUAAAUACUCAGCUCUGCCCACCGCUGACAACGGGACCGGUACCGCCUCCUUCUUUCAGCGUCAUUACUUCAACCUGGAGCGUAGCGAUCGGAUUGGAGUCGAUCGAUCGUUGCCGGACACACGACAUGCAAACUGCAAAUCUCAAACUUACUCGGCCCCCCGCGGGACCACAUCGGUGAUAAUUACCUUUCACAACGAGGCCACAUCGGCACUGUUGCGUACGAUCUUCAGUCUGCUGAAGCGAACCCCGGCCGAGCUGCUGCACGAAAUUAUUGUCAUCGAUGAUGGCAGCACCACACUGGAGGACAGCCUGGACUUUCUGAACCGCAUACCGUCCGUCCGCUUUCACCGAAACUACGUCCGCGAGGGUUUGAUUCGUUCCAGAAACAUCGGUGUGGCAUAUGCCGGCGGAGAUUACGUAGUUUUUCUCGACAGCCACUGCGAGGUGAAUCGGGGCUGGCUAGAGCCACUACUCGAUCGACUGGCUAUCGAUGGCAGUGCCGUACUGAGUCCGAUUAUCGACAUCAUCGACCCGGAAUCGUUCCAGUAUCGACCCAAUUCAGCUCGAUUGCGAGGCGGAUUCGAUUGGAGUUUACGCUUUCGGUGGAUUCCGGUGGGAGAGGAAGAACUCGAGCAUAGAAACCAGGACGAAUCGUUACCGUUCUACAGUCCGGCCACCUCCGGUGGAGUGUUUAUUGUUUCGAAAAACUUGUUUCAGCAACUCGGUGGUUUCGAUGGUGGCAUGGACAUCUGGGGUGGCGAGGCGUUGGAAUUUUCCAUCAAAUCGUGGCUUUGUGGGGCUCACAUCGAGGUGGUACCCUGCUCUAGGAUAGGACACGUGUUUCGCCAGAAACAUCCCUAUGUGUUUCCGCAGGGCAGUACUGCUACUUAUCUUAGAAACUCGAAACGCAUUGCUACCGUGUGGUUGGAUGAGUUUAAAAACUUCUUUUAUGAAACACGACCAGAAGCUGUUGAAUUGAGCGUGGGUUCAAUUUCGGACUUACAGAAUCUUCGACGCCGUUUGAAUUGUCGUAAGUUCAGCUGGUAUUUGCAAAACGUGUUUGUUGGCUUGAAGCUUCCUAAUGAAAAUAAUGUCGCUUUCGGACACCUCCGGCAUGGAGAAAGAUGUCUGGACGUGAAGCUGAAGUACCAUGGAAAGUCACGACAACGAAGUCAGUCCGUCAAAGAAAAUGAUGUGGUUUUAAUUGAUUGCAACAAGGACGAUUCCGAUGGGGUAGCAACGAAAUGGUCCCUGAGUAAGAAAAAUGGCCAACUUCGAACGGAUUCAGGAGCGUGUUUGAGUGUCAAAGAACGGCGUGUGCUGUUAGAACAGUGCGAAGAGAUCGAGAAAACCCAUCACCACUACGAACAUCGAUGGAGCAGAAUUGGAAGCACUUUGAUGCAUAGCAGCAGCGGCAUGUGUCUGGAGAAUCUGGUCAACAUGGACGUCGGCGCUAGCGACUGCCGCGUGGGAGCUCCCAGUCAACUUUGGAGUUUCUCGCUGGAGAUACAACAGUUGGAAUAGACUACCGAAGUGUUUUUUCUUGUCGUAUAAAAUGUCUCAAU